UCUGCACCAAAGCACAAGUCCACAACAGAGAACCAACUAGUAAACCUUGUCCAAAUAACAAAUUCAGCUAUACAUAGCGACUACCCCCCAGAUAUCCUACUAGGAAUCACUUCAGAAGCCCAAACAACUACAAUCAACCAACUACUCAAAGCGGUCCAAAGAAAACAUACACCUACUACACUGAUCCUACAUAAAAUCAAUAAAGCAAUCUACAAAGACAUCUGGAUACCAAGAUGCCAAAAUGCAGCAAAUCACAACACAACACUCUUGACAUCUCAGAACCCACCAACUAUUACAAGCAACCCGGUUACAAGUACAGACGAACAAAAAACGAAAGUCAAAGAAACAUCCAAAAGAAAAGUCGAAAUAUGGUCUAA